GCGCCCGCCAUGUGGAAGCUCAACAAGAGCAGCAAAGUUCUGCUGGACGACUCGCCGGAGGAGGAGGAGACGCGGCCCCGCGGCCCGCCGCCCGCCGCCGCCGCGGCAGCCUUCGCGGCCCCUCAGGUUCAAGGUGCAAGUUUCCGGGGUUGGAAGGAAGUGACGUCGAUGUUCAACAAGGAUGACGAACAGCAGUUGCUAGCAGGAUGCAAGUCUCCCAAAUCCAAAGGAACAAACCUAAAGUUAAAGGAAGAGAUGAAGACUGAAAAGAAGCCAGGUUUUUGGGACAGUUUGGUGAUAAAGCAGAAUGUCCAAUCUAGGAAACCGGAUGAGAUUGAGGGAUGGGAACCACCACAGAUCACCACUGCUGACUCUACCAGUGACGCAGCAGCUUCUUUAAGUGACUAUACAGCCUGGUCAGGCUGGGAAGAUGAAACCAAAGGCUCCACAAAAUACACAAACCUGGCCAGCUCAGGAAACAGUUCCAGGUGGAGUAUCAAAUCAGCUGGAAAGCUGGUUAGUAUUAGACGUCAAAGCAAAGGUAACCUUACUGACAACUGGGAAGAACUAGAAUGAUACUGGUAAUGUGAAAUACUUCAUAGAUAAGAAGAGAAAGGUUCCAUGAGUUAAAACCAAAAUCAAAUCUGCUCAAUAUUGCACCUUUAUACAGUACUUUGUUUUAUUCAGAUUGUUACAAAUUUUUGCUCACCUGAUAUAAAUUUUCUUAUUACAUUGUUAAAUAGCUAUGUUUUCCACACUGAAAAAAGGUAGAGAAUCUAUUUUGUGCCUAUAUUUCACAUUCAGACUCUGCAGUAUGUUGGAUUGUUGGUUUUACCAAAAAAAAAGUAAUUCCUUAGUGAAUGUAUACACUGGUUGUAAAUUUGACUGCCUUAUGUAGGAACUUCCACUAGCUUGAGGUCCUGUUUUUAUUCUGGUAUUUGAGGGCCACUCAAAAUUUUAGUUUUGAUGCUGUCCCUUUUUAACUAAGAGUACUGAUCUGUUGCCUGCAGGGAGAAUGCUUAUACUUAGUAGACUGUUUUCCAAAUCUUCAGCCUCAGCGUAUGCUUCAGCUUGUGCACACAAGUUGCUCAACUCUCACGAUGUGCUAUACUGUGUAUGAAGUGGGAAAAUACUAUUCUAGUGUAAUUCCUUCCAUCACAGGAUCUUCACCAAUAGUCAGGUCAAAUGGGUCUUCCAGAGGUUUGUUGUUUGGGUUUGUUGUGGGGUUUUUUCGUGUGUGGUGGUUUGUUUUUUUUGUUUUGUUUUUUUGUUUUUUUUUUUUAAAAUAUUGAACGUUGUUUGACAAAGCUAAGCCUCUCAGUUUUUAAGAUGCUUGUUAUGCCAAAAAUAAAAGUGAUUGAAAAUUUGGAAAGCAGCAGUGAGUAGAGUAUAAGAAGAUCUUGAUUGUCAGUAUCCGGAGUCCUGAAUCUAGGGGUAAGUUGCUUCUUAUGGAAGGGCAUGUGUUUUCAUUUUCAGUAGCUGAUCCUUGUACUACAAAGAACUUUCUUGUUUUGUGCUGUAUUGUUCCUCCUCCCUCCCUCCCCCCCAGCCCCAUAAGCAGUGAUUGAAUUAUACUCUGGCAUUUUCAGGAUAACUGAGUAACUGAGCCAUUGCAAGUAUGUGCAUGCACACAACUUCUGAAGCAUUUUGGUUAAAAAGCUCAGUCUUGUUAGCUACUGAUAUUUUAAUUUUUGGUAAAAGAAGGUGAAGUGUUAAACUUGAGAUUUGAAAUGUAUAUAAAAAUACUAAAAGUGCCUCUUUCUAGCAUUUUGUCUCAUUAGCAGUGCGGCUGAUGUCAGAGCCAAAGUUGGUUUCCGUUUUGUUUAUAUGACCUAUAUAAAUACUACUUUAACAUACAUGGAAAAAAAAAAAUCAAACCAAAAGUUUCAUAAAAAAGGAACAGUAGGCCUUUUCUCUCUCCUGAUUGUUGAACUGGAAUAACAGAGCAGAAAGCUCGGUGACUGCCUGGCGAUGUGGCCAGUGCACUCAGAAGUUCAAGUUAGCGUUUUGGAGAAAAUCAGCGUUUUUACGACAAAGCAUAUACCUUUAUAUAACGGAUAUCUUGGAAACAUAUUUUUGCAAGAAGCUUGUGCUGAUGAAAAGGGAUGCAUGCAAUUUUCUUCUAAGCUUGUACCUUGUUUCUGUUACUGCCACACGACUCCUUUCUUUGCUGUCUCUUUCUCCUCUCUCUUCCCAUUCAUUUAUAGUUUUCUGGCUUACAGUUCCUGCAGAGCUGCUUUUUGGUUUUUUUUUUUGGAGAUUCCUGUUGAGAUGGGCCUGGAGGGAAACUGUAGCAAAAUGGUGGUUUUUUUUGUUGUGUUUUUUUUGUUUGUUUGUUUGUUUUUGUUUUUUUUUUGUUCGUGUUGGUUUUUUUUGUUGUUGUUUUUUUGUUGUUGUGGUUUUUUUUUUUCCCCCCACUAUUAAUAGGAUCUUAAAAGACGUUGUUCUUAAGCUUAUAUAAAAGAACAUCGGUGGUUUGUGCCACAGAACAGGAUCUUGUAGGUGGCAAAUAUAUUUGUCAAAUUGGCACUAUAUAUUUAAAAAAAUACUAAUAGAGGAGAAAGGGUUAGCGUUUAUAUUGCAUCAUUUAGUCUGUGAAUAAACUCUGUAUUUGCCUUUGGCAAAUACGUGUGCUGAGGUUAAUUAUAGGAAAGAGUGUUCUGGGGUAGAGUAUGCUGCAUUUUAUAGUUUAUGGAAUACCCUCUAAGGCAUGAGCUAGUAUUUAGUUUGGUUGUUGGUGCUGACCUAAAAGAACAGAAAAAGAUCUGCUGGCAGCCCUCAAUAUUUUGCUGUCAAAGAUAGGCUGAGAACUUUUAAUUUCCCUCCGGAAGAAACUAUUUAUACUGUGACCAGUAAAGGUUUUGCCUUGCACAUUAUACUGUCAAGUGCCUGUUUCUCACCUUGAUGAUGUGUUUGAUGCACAGCUUAGCUGCAACAUUUUUGAAUUUGUUUUUAAUUGUAUGAUAAAGAAUAUGCUCACAAAGCAAAAUUGCAUCCGAGUGGGAAAUUGAGAUAUAUAACCUUAAGGUUUAACUCCUAGUGAUGAAAGUUUUGGUGUGCUUUUUAGGUGAUACUUCUUCAGAAAUAAUCGUUCUAAGGAUGAACAUUGUUAAAUUUAAUAUAAUUUAUUGUUAUGCUUUAAUAAUGUAUUUGUCUUUUGAGAACUCACUGGUGUGAGCUUUUCUUCUCUUAUGUUUAUAAAUUUAUCUGAAUUUUCAGAAUGGGGUCCUCUUUUACCUUCUUUAGAUGCUUAACCACAUUAUACAUUUAUGGGCUUAAGCUAUACAUGGCUCUGUAUGUGGAAUAAGUGUAGACUAUGUCCCUAAAUAUUUGUUUUGAAAUUGCAUUUCAAUCUAUGUGAAAUGGUUUAGAAGAAGGUAGCAUUAAGAUUGUAUGAUAAGAUUGCACAAAAUAAAAUAUAGUUUAUAUUGCUUUCUCGUAGCCAAUCUGCAUGAUUGUUGGCGUGGUUUUAACGGGAAUUAAAAGCUUCAUGUGGCUGUAACUAGUCACUUUAAGCAAAGUUCUUUCUGAGUAUUUUUAUUUAUUAGCAUCAUUUGAAAAGAAAAAUAGUAUUUUCCAUAUGAAUAAAGAUUUAGUUUGAACUGAAA